AUUGAAAUUAAUAAUAUGUCUGGAGAACAGCCUAUACUUAAAGCAUCUAAUGUUAAAUUAGACACCAUUGCUGCCAUGAAAAUUAUCAAACAAGCGAAUGAUAAUCCAACUGUCAAUUAGUAUGGCUAUCUAUUAGGAAUUAUCGAAGGUGAAACUAUUGAAGUCACUAAUUGCUUCCCCACAAUUGAUAUUGAAGAAGAAUAGGAUCAACAAUAUGAAUAUUUGGAUUAUGCAAAGAAACAUCAUUUGGAUUUCCAUAAGCUUGGCCUAUAUGUCAUUACUGAUCAAAAUAGACAUUUUACUUUAGAUUAAUUCGAAGACAUCAAUAGACUUCAAUUCUAUGUUAAAUACGCCUUCGUCUUAGUAUACUCCUUGUAAUUGGCUAAAUCUGGUCACUCUCAACCAUUCUAAGCAUUCGUGAUCAAUGAGAAAUAUGCCGAGAUCUAUUCUAAGGAUGAGAUCCCAGUCUUGAAUAUUAAGAAUGACAAGAUCUACAGACAACUUCCAUUGGAAUUGCUAAAAACUCCAUUGACAUAAGCCUUUUUGUAUCAAUACAGAGCCUCCAUUGAAGAGAAAUUUAAGAAUGAGGAAACUAAAUUCACAUCCAACAUCCAAAAUUAUGGUCGACAAUUAAUCGAAACCAUUGAAGAAUAAGUGACCUUAUCUGAUAAAAUUAAUUCUAAUACUGCCAAUAAGAAAGAAGGCGAUAAACAACCUGAAUUAUUAGAAUAUUUAAUAUCCAUGAAUAAACUCUAUUAUUUGGCUGAAGCAAUUAAGAGAGAAACCUAAUACACAUUAGAGACAGAGUAAGUGUUGACAAAUAUAUUAAAAUAAUGAUUGAUAGUAUAUUAGUAAAUUCAUGUAACAAGAACAUUUUAAAUAUCAUAAUAUAAUUGGAAA